GUGGUAACUCGAGACCUCUGUUGAGAGCGCUACGCCGAGUGAUUGACUACAGUUCCCAAGAUGCACCGCGAAUCACAACAAACGUGCCAAUGCCAACAAACAUCACUUCAAAGAAGCCGGGCAUUUUAAUACUUCCUGCGUUAUGAGGUGUUGGAUCCUGUAGCCAGUCAUGGCGCCUGGGGAUGUGGUGCCGGACCAUGCCAAGCAGCCCAAGCCCAAGGAGAAGCGGCUCACCAACAAGUCGUCAAAAGUAGACUGUGAGUCGGACGGCUCCUUCCUCUUCGAGGCCCACGAGGCUUGGAAGGACUUUCAUAACUCGCUAAGACACUUCUACGAAGUCGGAGAGCUCUGUGACGUGACGCUGAAGGUGGGCAACAGGCUGAUACCAUGUCACAAGCUGGUGUUGGCCUGCGUAAUCCCAUACUUCAGGGCCAUGUUUCUGUCUGAAAUGACCGAAGCCAAGCAGAAGCUCAUUGAGAUCAAGGACUUUGAUGGAGAUGCCAUACAGGAUCUAGUCCAUUUUGCAUACUCCUCCAAGCUAACGCUGACCGUAGACAACGUCCAGCCUCUGCUUUACGCCGCCUGCAUCCUCCAGGUGGAGCUGGUAGCCAGAGCGUGCUGCGAGUACAUGAAGGCCCACUUCCACCCCACCAACUGCUUGGCCGUGCGCACCUUUGCAGAGAGCCACAACCGUGUGGACCUGAUGGACAUGGCCGACCGCUACGCCUGUGAGCACUUCACAGAGGUCGUGGAGUGUGAGGACUUCACCUGCGUGUCUCCACAGCACCUGCGAACACUGCUGUCAUCCAGCGAGCUUAAUAUCCACUCUGAAACACAAGUGUACAAAGCAGCGGUGAAAUGGCUCAAAGCAAAUCCGCAGCACCACCAGGUCUGGCUGGACCAGAUCUUUUCUCAGGUGCGCCUCCCCCUGCUCCCUGUAGACUUCCUGACCGGAACAGUGGCCAAGGACGAGAUGAUCAAAGGUAACCUGAGCUGCCGUGACCUGAUGGACGAGGCCAGGAACUACCACUUGCACCUCAGCAACAAAGCCGUGCCGGACUUUGAAUACUCCGCCCGCACCGUACCACGAAAACACACCGCAGGGGUUCUGUUCUGCGUGGGUGGCCGUGGGGGUUCUGGCGACCCAUUUCGCAGCAUUGAGUGCUAUUCCAUCAGUAAGAAUAGCUGGUUCCUGGGCCCUGAGAUGAACAGCAGACGGCGGCAUGUUGGCGUCAUUUCUGUAGGAGGAAAAGUUUAUGCCGUGGGGGGCCAUGACGGUAACGAGCACCUUGGCAACAUGGAGGUGUUUGACCCGCUCACCAACAAGUGGAUGAUGAAAGCCUCCAUGAACACCAAGCGGAGGGGUAUCGCCCUGGCAGCGCUCGGUGGGCCCAUUUACGCCAUUGGCGGUCUGGACGACAACUCGUGCUUCAACGACGUGGAGCGAUACGACAUCGAGAGCGACUGCUGGAGCGCUGUGGCCCCGAUGAACACGCCCAGAGGAGGGGUGGGCUCUGUGGCGCUGGGGAGCUACGUCUACGCGGUGGGAGGCAACGACGGAAUGGCGUCACUCUCGAGUGUGGAGCGCUUUGACCCGCACCUCAACAAGUGGACAGAGGUCAACGAGAUGGGUCAGCGGCGGGCCGGGAACGGAGUCAGCAAACUGAACGGCUGCCUCUACGUUGUCGGUGGUUUUGACGACAACUCGCCACUUAGCUCCGUGGAGCGCUUUGACCCUCGAGUGCACCGCUGGGAGUACGUGUCGGAGCUGACCACCCCGCGGGGAGGUGUGGGCGUCGCCACAGUGAUGGGCAGAGUGUUCGCGGUGGGCGGACACAACGGCAACAUCUACCUGAACACGGUGGAGGCCUUUGAGCCUCGAAUGAACAGGUGGGAGCUGGUGGGAUCCGUGUACCACUGCCGAGCCGGAGCGGGCGUGGCCGUGUGCUCGUCGCACGUGAGCCAGAUCAGGGAUGUAGGUCAAGGCUCUAGCAACGUGGUCAACUGUAUGUGAUUACUCACUAUUUACUAUCUUCAGCUGCACACGAGGCGCUACACCAGGUCAGGCUCACAUGACGCCCUUGUGACUGAGGGCAGCGAACGCCACGCCAUUUUAUUUAGUCCAAUGUAUACUGUAUACACACAGAUAUACACGUGUGUACUUCCCGGUGUAUAGUGUGUGUGCUGUAAAAGGAUACACAGGUGCAUCUCAAUAAAUUCAGUAAUUCAAAAAGUGAAACUACAGAUUUAGCGCACAGGGUGAAAUAGUUCAAAAUGUUAUAUUUUUUUAAAUCAUUUUGAUGAUUAGAAUAAAGAAAAAUAAGUGGAAUAUAUUGUCAACUACUGGUUUGCACUUUAAUCAGCAAAUAUACUGCAAAAGUAUUUAAUCGGUGUCUCUGUAUGACUCGGACUUGCGAGAUGCACCUGAUGUAGGUUUAGGAAACGGAAGUGUGCACGAGGAAGAAAAGCUAAAUGCAUCUCAACCUGCUGUAUGUAACGCCAUCACGCUUGAACAAUCACUCACGCUUGACAAACGGCUCAUCUUGUUGGGACCGCCUGUGCCAAAAAAGCCAACAAGAACUUUGGGACAGAUAAGGCAAGGCCUGCUACUUUGAUUUUGUUGUUGUUGUUGUUGUACAUAAAAACCACGUCAGGGAAUGCUUUAUGUUUGAUAGCUGGACUGUCAGGGAAGCUCAUCAUGUUAGUUUGCAGACGCUCCCUUAUAUUUUAAUAUAUUAUGGAGGUUUUGUAUGUCAACAAAUAGUUGUAUCUUUGCUAGUAGUCUUCUACGCCAUACUUUGCUGUGGGCACAAAUGUAUAGAAUUUAGCUUGAAGUAUAUUUCAUACAAAGCAUUUCUGCUUGUUGUUUUUGUGUUUUGUAAAAGUGAGCACUGGUACAAUAUUUGUAGGUCAAUUUUUUUAUGUUUUUCCUCACCUAAUGUACUUUUCAGUGUGCUUUUGUCGUAAUUGAUUGAAUAAAAGUAGGAAAUGUACCACUUUCUAUUGUAUUGGCUGGAGAAUGCCAGCCAAAACGCUUUACACCGCCGCCUGGUGGUCACUAGAGAGAAUGCACGUAAUAAGAUACAGCGUGCCUAGAGUUGUUUUUUUUCAUCCAAAUAUAAAACAGUUCAGAAUUGCAGCUGUGUAUUCAUUGCUAGUUAACAUCUCGUUAAGUUAAAAAGUAACAAAGUUUAUUGAUGCUGACAUGCUAAAACCAAGCCAAUGUAGGUCAUUACAUAUAUGCUAAGCUAGCAUAACAAAACAUCCUGACUUUUUGUUAUCUACCGCCAGGUAAAUAGUGAUUUUUCAGAAUAGAAUAGAAUGCAAUGUUUUUUUUUUUUAUAUGAAAACAAUUUCUUGUACCUUGACUUUUAUAAAGGUUGGUGACACAUAUAUAAAUAUGCAUUUUUUGUUUUAAACAACCCACUUGUGUAAUGUACUGAUGUAUGGGUAUAUGUUGUAUAUGCACAGUAUAUUUGUGUGUGUAUGCAUUUUGUAGAAGGUUGUUGGUGUUUUGUACAUUUUGACAUUUUAUUUGGUUUUUCACUUACCUAAUAUUGUAAAAUUGCUACUUUUU